AUGGGAGACAGUGUCGUGCUGUAUGCUCAAGCAAUGUCAGACAACAUUCGGAAUGUCACCUUCUGGACCGGCGAUCCCAUAGGAUGGAGUGGCAUCAUACGCGUAGACGGAACGGCUUAUGAGUACAUGGGAGACUCGCCCUCCGUACAAGGUCUCCAGAAAGCAACUCCACUUACCGUAUCUUACGACUCCCACUACAGUAACUUUACAUUCGACGCUGGACCUGUCCGAGUAGAGGCGCGAUUCUUCUCUCCUGUUCUACCAAAGGAUCUUUGCAAGAGCAGUAUUCCGCUCAGCUAUCUGGAAGUCGAGUGGGUCGCCACCGACAAGCUCUCGCAUGAUGUACAGCUCUACUCAGACAUCGAUUCUAUUUGGCUUGGGGGCGGCAACGUAUCAUUCAACUCGACCAUUGACUGCCCUGGUGAGUCUUUCGGCGAAACCCAAUGCCCGCCCAAGGGAACGGAGACGCCCGACACAUUGUUUCAUUGGGAAGCACUAAUUGUAGAUGAGCUUUCAUGGUCCGAUCGUGGCCACAAGCAAGAACCAUACUGGGGUAGCCUACACUACGUCUCUUCUCCCGGCAUGAGCACCAAAUUCGAUAGUGUGAACGGUCCAGCGACCACUGUACGACGCCAGUUCGUCAAGGACGGCACAGUGAAUAAUACCCUUGACCAGGACCAGUCUCAGGGACCACCAGUUGAUCGCAUGCCAGUGUCCGGUUUCUUGCAUAGUUUUGGGUCUAGUCAGUCCGGGUCAGCACUGUAUACUGUUGGCACGACUCAAGAGCCUGCUGUGAACUACCGCACUGCUAGCGGGGACGUCGAGCUCCGACCAUGGUGGCUUACGAGCAACUGCUAUUAUAGUACCAACUACAUGAUCCGCAGGCACUACCAGGACUACGCAGCUACCGCAAAAGAGGCCAAACUUUGGACCAUGAAGCUGCGAAAUGAUGUGGAGUACUACUAUGCCGAGGAUAAAGCAACAGAUAUGCAUGCAGAAGCAUCCUCGCUAUCUGAAGAGGAGUCGUAUUACGCCAUCGUCGCACUUUCUGCCCGCCAGAUCCUGGCCGCAAACGUUCUCACAGAAUCCGCAGAUAACACCACGGGUCCAACUAUCUUUCAAAAAGAGAUCUCAUCAGACGGCAAAGUGAACACGGCCGAUGUCGUCUACCCUGCGUUACCUUUCUGGCUCUAUGCAAACCCGGAGCUUCUCCGCUUACUGCUCAAGCCAGUAUUCGAGUUUCAGGAGUCUGGACUCUAUCACGAGCGAUACGCCAUGCACGAUAUCGGGCGCUUCUACCCAAACGCCAUAGGAUACUACAGCUCCACCAUUCCUGAUGAAGAAGGAGAAGAAGCGAUGCCCGUUGAAGAGAGCGCGAACAUGGUUAUUCUGGCAGCUUCGUACUACUUAGCCACCAACGACACAGCAUUCCUUAUUAGCCACUACGAUAUCCUCAAGCGAUGGUCGGAAUACCUCGUAGAAAAUUGCCCAUACCCUGAGCAUCAGACCACGACAGGCAAGUACAGAGCAGCAUGUGAACACCAAGAACGUUGUACUAACGAGCCUGAAGAUGACUUCAACGAACCCAUCGCCAACAACACCAACCUCGCAAUAAAAGGCAUCGUAGCCCUAAAUUGCAUGGGUAUCAUAGCCCAAGCCAAUGGCGACAGAGGCUAUGGAGCAGGCAGAUGGAUACGCAACGCAUAUUUCUACUAUACCCUCUGGUCCGAAUCAGCCAUAGACCCCGCAACCAACCAUACUCUUCUCGCUUACAACCUCCCUGAGUCCUAUAGCAUCCUUUACAACAUCUUCCCCGCCCUACUCUUCAACCUGCGCGCAAUCCCCAAAUCUCUCUUCACCAUGCAGUCAGACUUUUACCCGACUGUCGCCCAGAAGUAUGGCGUUCCUCUCGAUAACAGACGCCUGUGGACGAAGAGCGAUUGGGAGAUGUGGGCUGCGGCUACUAGUCGACCUGAGACGCGGGCUUUGUUUGUGAACUCGUUGGCGAAGUGGAUCAAUGAGACGAGUACAGACAAGGCGCUUUCGGAUCACUUUAUGACGACGGGGGAUGGGGGCUAUACUGAUUACCCGUUUGUGGCAAGGCCAGUCGUUGGGGGGCAUUUCGCGCUGCUGGCGAUGGGUCUUUUUGGGAGACAUGGGGUUCUAAAUGGAGAGGAUGAGUAA